AUGAGGACCAUUUUCCUGCUUCUGUUGGUUGCAUUAACAGCCCUGGCAGAGUCUCACCUUACCAAACACAGCAGGCAUGCCAAGCGGGAGCUUUUGGUGCGUUCCAAAAGAAGAUGGGUUUUAUCUACAAUUGAGAUAGAAGAAGAAGAUAUCGGGCCGUUCCCGAAGAGAAUUUCGAAGAUGUUUAAUGACGUAACGCAUUCUUCGGGGCAAAAAUACCUUAUACGUGGGAAGGGUGUGGAUGAAACUCCGACGGGUGUGUUCUCCAUCGACGAGAACAGCGGAAUUGUCUAUGCCCACAAAUCUGUCAACAGAGAGGAAUACGGCUUAUUCGAGAUCAAGUUUGAUGUCUUGAGCAAAGACACAGGGAUAAGAAUUGAUGACGAGCUAUCUUUCAAUAUAGAAGUGAAGGACAUCAAUGACAAUCCACCGACCAUAACCAUGCCUGAAAUGCCAGUCGAUGUCAACGAAAAUACACCAGAGGGGUUCUUGCCGGUGAGUCUGCAGGUCACCGACAAAGAUGUUUUGAACAACUCUAAAUUCGACAUCAUUAUAAUUUCACAGGAACCGCAAGAACCCAAAAUUGAAUUGAAGCAGAUUGAUAGCGGAUUGACCCGACUCAGCCUUAAAGGAUGCUUUAACUACCAUAAAGCAAAGGAGUAUGAAGUUGUUGUUCAAGCAAAAGAUCAUGGAAAACCGUCCCUCUCCUCCACUGCCGUAAUUACUCUCAACAUUGUUAACAAGAACAGUAAUCGGCCAACAUUCAGGGAAAAAAAGUACUCCGGAGAGGUGGUGGAGUCGACCAUCAAGGCCGAUGUUUUGAGAAUUGAGGUAGACGACAAAGACACUCCCAAAACUCCCGCAUGGCGUGCCAAAUACUUCUUCAUGAACAAAAUUGAUAAUGAAAACUACAAACUUGAAACUGACCCCGAAACUAAUGAUGGUAUUCUGAGUGUCAUCAAGGGCAUGAACUUUGAUAAGACAACUUCAAUUUACCUGCUGGUUGGAGUCGAGAAUGAGGAGCCCUUUUUUCUUUGUGAAAAUCAUUCACCGAGUGGCACACCUCCGCCCAUAGAUACAGUCAACAUCACAAUGACAGUGAUUGAUGUCAAUGACCCGCCUGAUUUUGGAGAAACUUCCAUUAAAGUGUACCGGGCAGAGGAGGCGGAGCCAGGAGAUGUGCUGUAUACUCCGAAGGUUAGGGACGACUCUGAUGAAUCCAAAAUCAGAUAUGUGCUGAGAGAAGAUUCAGCUAACUGGUUGACCAUAAAUGAGAAAACAGGAGAAAUCAAAACAACUGAGAAGAUGGACAGAGAGUCAGCCUAUGUCAAAGACGACAAAUACAAAGUCAUCAUCGAAGCCAUAGAUACUGGUGAGCCUCCAGCAACAGGUACAUGCACUGUUCUGGUCCACCUGGGGGAUAUCAAUGACAACAACCCAGGCCUGGUCAACAAAAGCCUGAUUAUGUGUGGAAACAAGGAUAACAAGGUGAUGGUGCCUGCUAUGGACGCGGAUGCCAGUCCUUUCAGUGGGCCCUUCACUUUCUCCCUGGGGAGUGAUGACAAAGCUCUGACCGAGCAAUGGAAACUAGACCCUUCCAAUGGUAUGGAAGGUGGGCUUGUUAGCCUGGUGGCACUUCCCUAUGAUACCUACUUGGUGCCCCUGGUCAUUCAGGACCAACAGACCUCGAUUGGAGAGCACAUCGUGGAAGUGGUGGUGUGUGACUGUGAAAAGGGAGAUGUUUGCCGCGCCAAAAAGCCGAAAUCAUCCGGCUUUGGGGCAGCGGCCAUUGGACUUUUAUUUUUGGGACUCCUCUUAUUUUUGCUGCUGCUCCUUCUAUUUAAGUGUCAGUGUCGAAGGAAGGAUUUCAAGCACAUUCCAAUGGUGCAGGAUGAGGGCUACCAGAGCAUCAUCAAGUACAACCAAGAAGGAGGGGGUUCCGCAUGCAUGAGUGAGCCCACUCUGCUCCUGACUCCGACAAACACCAUGGCUGUGACAGAUGGCCUAAAAAUGGGCACCAUGCAGAGGUCCCAGACGAUUCCAGUGAUGGCCCAGGACAUGGAUAUGUACAACAGUUCAACGUUCGGCAUGAGGUCCCAGACGAUUCCAGUGAUGGCCCAGGACAUGGAUAUGCACAACAGUUCAACGUUCGGCAUGAGGUCCCAGACGAUUCCAGUGAUGGCCCAGGACAUGGAUAUGUACAACAGUUCAACGUUCGGCAUGAUGAACCCUAACAUGACCUCGCAGGGCAUGCAGCGCCAAAGAGACAGAAUCAGAAGCAACGGAGGGCAGACCAUGCGCUCUACAUGGGGUUCAAACAGGAUGAACACCUAUCAGGGAGGCGCAUCAAGAUACAAUCGCUCUGUCAGCCUGCAGUCAAGUCAACACAUUUCAGACCACAUCGACAGGAGACUGCACGAGAUUGGUGGAAACCAUGUCAACCGGCCAGUGUACGCACCCUACGAGUACGCCUACGAGGGACAGGGCAGCAGAUGCCUGUCGUUGGAGAAUCUGUCACUCAGCAACCAUGGGGAUGAUCUGAUGUUUCUGAAUGAUUUGGGGCCAAAGUUCAAGACCUUGGCAGGCAUCUGUCACAAGACAAUUCAAGAAAAAAACGUACAGCUUUAA